AUGAAUGACAUGAAGAAGACGAUUCUGCAUGAUGCCCAUAAAUUGAGGUACACUAUUCAUCCGGGAAGUACCAAGAUGUACCAAAACCUGAAGAGGCAGUACAGAUGGAGAGGCAUGAAGAAAGACGUUCGACAGUACGUCUCAGAAUGUGUAACUUGUCUCCAGAUCAAAGUAGAACAUCAGAAGCCAGCAGGAGAGUUGCAACCUUUACCUGUUCCGGGGUGGAAAUGGGAGCACAUCACGAUGAAUUUUCUGAUGGGACUUUCGAGGACUGAGCAGAAGCACGAUGCCAUCUGGGUGGUGGUGGACAGGUUGACAAAAUCUGCACAUUUCAUACCAUUCCGUGCGACGUAUUCCUGGAAGAUUCUGGCAGAAUUAUACCUGGAGCAUGCCGUUAGACUUCACGGAGUGCCGUUGUCCAUUACGUCCGAUCGUGACACGUGUUUUAAUGCAAGGCCAGUAUCGGUAUGGCAUCAUUCGAAGCUCUCUACGGUCGUCCUUGUAGAUCACAUGUUUGUUGCUCAAAGUUGUCAGAAGAUCAAUGUUGAUAGAAGGCGUAGGCCUUUGGAAUUUCAAGAAGGCGAAUUCGUUCUGUUAGAGGUUUCUCCAUGCAAAGGAGUUAUUCGUUUUAGAGUGAAAGGGAAACUUGCGCCAAGGUAUGUUGGACCAUUCCCGAUCGUUCAACGAGUUGGUGUCGUGGCGUAUCGUCUGUCUUUACCGCCUGAGCUAUCUCACGUGCAUGACGUGUUUUACGUCUUGAUGCUUUGCAAAUGUCAACCUGAUCCGGAAGCUAUAGUGCAAUGGUAUAAUGUUUCAAUACAAUAUGAUGUGACAUACGAGGAGGCACCGGUUCAGAUUCUUAACCGGAAGAUGAAGAGUCUGUGUCAUCGUGAGAUUCUAUUAGUGAAAGUAUUAUGGUAG